AUGACCCCUGAACAGGACUUCGUGCCGGCGGGGUGGAACGCCGCCACCUGCGGCUCCUCCUUUCCCUCCUACGAGACUCCCCCCUCCCGGAGCUUCUGGAAGGCGGGUUCCUACCACCCAGCUGGCGGCGCCGCCGCCUCCCGCUCGCCGGAGCAAGACCCCGAGGAGCCCUCCGCUCUCAGCCGCGCCCGCGUCCACCCCAAGUUCCUCCACUCCAACGCCACCUCCCACCGGUGGGCGUUCGGGGCGGUCGCCGAGCUCGUGGACAACGCCGUCGACGAGAUCCCCCGUAGGGCGACCUUCGUCAAGCUCGACCGUCUCCGGAACCCUAGAAAUGGCUCCGACGCCCUCCUCUUCCUCGACGACGGCGGCGGGAUGGACCCCGCCGGCCUCCGCCGCUGCAUGAGCCUCGGCUUCUCCGCCAAGCCCGCCGGCGGCGGCACCACCAGCAUCGGCCAGUACGGCAACGGCUUCAAGACCAGCACCAUGCGGCUCGGCGCCGACGUCGUCGUCUUCACCCGCUCCGGCUCCGACGUCGGCGGGGGAUCGGCCACCACCACCCAGAGCGUCGGCCUGCUCUCCUACACCUUCCUGACGAGGACCCAGAAGGACGACAUCGUCGUCCCCGUCGUCGACUUCCAGGUAACGGCCGGCGAGGUUUCGGCGCCGCUCACCGGCGCCGCCUCGCCGGCGGACUGGAAAGAGAACCUCCAGACGAUCCUCGACUGGUCGCCCUUCUCCUCGCAGGAGGCCCUCAUGGAGCAGUUCGCAGAGAUCGGCUCACGCGGGACGAAGGUCCUCGUCUUCAACCUCUGGCUCGACGACGACGGCCUGCCGGAGCUCGACUUCGGCGAGGAAGACGACGACGACGACAUCAAGCUCCGGCGAGAGCUCUCCACGCCGGCGGCGAACUCCUCCAAGAUCAAGACGGAGAUCAUCAACUCCCACAUCUCCCACACCUUCCGUUUCUCCCUGCGGGCGUACCUCUCCAUCCUCUACCUGAGGGAGUUCUCCACCUUCUCCAUCUUCCUCAGGGGGAGGCCAGUCCGGCAGCUGCGGAUCACCGACGAGCUCAAGUUCGCCAGGAGGAUCACCUACAGGCCCAGCCUCCCGGCGGUGCCGUCGGUGGAGAUGACCAUCGGCUUCGCAAAGGAGGCCCCCCUGCUGGGGAUGUACGGGGUCAACGUCUACCACCGGAAUCGCCUGGUUCUGCCAUUCUGGAAGCUCUUCCACGACGGUAGCAGCAAGGGCAGGUGCGUGAUCGGAGUUGUGGAGGCAGAUUUCAUGGCACCUGCCCAUGACAAGCAGGACUUCGAGAGGUCGCCGGUGUUCUUCCGGCUGGAGGGGAGGCUCAAGCAGGCCAUCGCCGAGUUCUGGAGGAGCCACUGCCAUCUCCUCGGCUACCAGUCCGGCCUCCAGAGUGUGGCCAGCGACGGGGGAAGCUCCGGCGAGGACAGAACGCCUGCUGAUAGUGGCGCCGAGGAUUCUGCCGUCGUCGACCGGCUAAGGGAGGAGAACCUACAGCUCUUUGUCAGGCGGACUGAGCUUAGGCGCAGGGAGGAGGAGCUGAAGAAGACGAUUAACCAGCUGGAGGCGGAGCUUGCCCUCACCCGCCAGGAAAGCUCUAGACUCUCUUCAGACAUUGAAUCUUGCCACAAGCGAUAG